UUUUAUCCAUGAUAUACAUGUAUUUUGCUGAUGUGAAUAGGGAAUUACUAAUCCAAAACUCGGUAAUUCUAGAGUUUUUUUGAAAUCUGAUUAGGAUCCUCGAUUCACAUACAAGACCAGCACACUUAUUUUAGGGGAUUAUCCACAUUUUUUCAUUUUUUGCCUAAUCUUUUUGAUGAGACAACUCUAGACUUGCUAGAAUUCCCAAGGCUGGAGUACUCCAUUUUUUCGAUAAAUUAAAGAAUUUCAUAUUAAGGAAACGAUGUUGACAUUUAUCGUUUUUAUAACGUUGUAAAAUCAAUGGGUGGUCAUCGAAGCGUAACAAAAGAAAAUAAAUGGUCAAAAGUUUUGAAAAAAUUGAAAUUGGAUUUAUCUAAAGGAGAUGUUGAUGCUUUACAAGUCAAGAAAACUUACAUGCGUUAUUUUGAGAAAUUCGAGUCUUUUAUGAACAAACUGGGAAACUCCAGUUUAAUUGUAGCUGCUGCUUCAAGUACUUCAACAAGUCAAAGAAAUACCCGAAUUGUUCGCACUAUUGCUACACCUUCACAAUCUAGUGGAGAUAAACAAAGUAAAAGGUCAAGAGGAGGCAAAUCUUCGUCAACUCGCGGUGGAAGCAGUGCAGGGACUUUAAGCCGUUCUCGUUCAACAUCUACAGCUAAAGACCAUUCUCCUGCUUUUUCAGUUUGUACAAAAUCCUCUGCAAAAUCUUCCAAAAAAUCUUCUGAAGAACCUUUAGAACUUCAACCUUUACAUUUUUCAUUUUCCUCAUCAACAACCUCCUCUUCUACAUCUCAUCAACAUUUUGAAUCACCUACAAAUCAACAUAAAAGAACAAUGUCUUUUAAUAUUGGAAGUGAAAAAUUUAAAACAAAAUUUAAUAAAAAAUCGUCUCCAUUAAUUAAACAAAAAAUUGCAAGUGAAGAAAAAAUUGUUGGAAGUACUAAUUCUUGUGCUGUUAUUAGACAACAUUUUGAUGCUGAUGGAAAAUUAAAAAAACCUUCACUUUUUCAUCAAACCAACAAAAUUAAACCUUCAAAAUCUCAUGAAUCCAUUACUUCAACUAAACCUAAUUCACCAACUACUUCAGAAACAUUAAAAAGAUCUCUUUCAUCUUUUGUGACAUCAACAAGUAUUCCUGCAACUUCGGGAGGAAAUUCUAAAUUUUUUAUAAAGAAAAGUAGCACUGAAGGCAAUGCUUGUGAAGGUUUGUAG